AUGGCUGAGACUCGGAUUGAUCCCAGCGGAAAAGUUUACCGACAAAUUUUUGAAGCUCAGACUCACUUGUCACUGUCUCUUCAUGAGAUGAGGAGGAGGCGUGCUGCACAGAUGGGUUCACUGAGUGAGGAUAACCUCAUUAGCAGUAAAACAGAUACUGGAUCCCAUCAGCAUCCUCUAAGGACUCGAACUGGGGCUGAGCAGUGCUCUGAGGACACAGUGAGAAACCAGCUGUUUUCAGGAACAAAGCCUGUAAUAAGAGUAGACCAGGAUGAUCAUGAAGAGGUCAGAGGACUUCCUGACAGUGUCGUUUCAGCGAAGACAGGCUCAGACAUCAUUGAGCGACUCAUGGAGAAAAAACAAAAGGAACACAUGGAAGCUGUCUGUCAGCUGCAGGGGGAUCUUACUGAGAUCAGUGUGGGUUAUGAAUCAUUAUUGAGAGACACAGGAGAAGAUUUCUUUCUUAAACUGUCAGAAUAUGAUGAGGAGGUGGAGAGAUUGCUGCAGAAAACAGAACAUGAUGGUGAUUUAGAAGCUCUCAGCUAUCAGGAUCUACACGAGAUUUGGAACUCUGUGAGCCAGGUGUCUUCUAUGAGGAGAAAUUGCAUUCAGGAGCUGGAUGAGCUGUUUGUCAAAUAUGAGAUAGAACGAGCAAAAGUGAUUACUGCAGUGCUAAAGAAAUACACAGAAAAACUUGAAAAAAUCAGUUACCUUUUGCCCAGUGAUGUCCAUCGACUUAUUAGUAAUGAAGCUAUGACGAUAAAUCAAGCAUUACUGGCAAACAGACGAUCUUUGGCCAAACUCCAUUUGAACCUGAUGGAAAAGGAUUUUCAGAAAGAGGAUAAUUAUCAUCUGAGAUGGCAGACAAGGCUUCAGGACUGGAAAGAAAUUAAGUUUGUUGCAUCCCUCAGUCAGUUUAAGGACUUCAUCAACGGCCCUGAGAUUCAAAACCCAAAAAAUGUACAAGACACUUUAACUUUAAUGGGGACAAAACAAAAAUCCUUCAGUGAGCAGCGACUCCGAAUUCUCGAGCAAGUCAGAAACAUGACACCGCCGAACUGCUUAAAAUCAUCCGCUGCUGAAUGGUACUCGUCUUUAUCUUCAGUAAAUGAGCAAAUUGAUUGCCUGCACGACGAGACCAUGACAAAACUGCGUGAAUAUUUUGCAGAUACUUGGCAAAAAUGUUCACAGGCAGUCGAAAACUUUAAGAAUGAAGUAUCUACCUAUGGAUUCACCUCAGAUGAGAUACAGGACAUUGUUAAUAGUGAGAUGGUGCCUCUUAUUGGCCAGUGCCAGACCCAAGCAGAGGAGGCUUUAGCAUCGAUGGAAACAGCAUUCAAGAGUUUGGCCAAAGAUUCUGAAUUCUCGAGCCAGUCUUUGCUCACGUUUGUGCUUGGGACGACUAACGUCUGGGAGACACAUACCGCAGGUCUACAGAGGAUAGAGCAGCAGCUACAGGAUAAUCUCGAAGAAGUCAGCAAGAACUACGAAGAAGAGAACCAAAAAAAAGAGUCUCAGCUGGAUGUGAUGAUGGACAAACUCAGACAGGAAAGCACAGAGGAAUCACUUAAAGCUUCACUGGAGCAGAUAGUUAACUUUUUAGACGUAAUUAAGAAAGGGUAUAUCGAUUUCUAUAAGGAAGGAAUUAUUACAGUGGAGAGGUAUCCUGUAAUGGUUCUAAAAGAAAUACACAAUUACAGCAAAGAAGUCAGCAAAUACUUCAAUGUCUAUGAAAUAUACAGUCAGAACCCAGAGGACCUUCAGAUACUUUAUCCUUCACUUAUCCUUGGUGCAAACACCGCAAGUCAGACAUCUAGCAUAAAUCAGAAGUCACCCACAUUCCAGAGUGUUACUUCUCAAUCAAACACUCCUGAUCUAGCCCAAGCUGAGUUAUUUCCACAAGAGAUCAUAGACUCUCAAAGUAGCGAAACGUUCACAACAUUAAAAGGAAACGUCUAUAGCUGCCCUGUAGUACAGUGUGACGAUGCUGAAAAGCAUCUGAAUGUUGUGGAAGUGGAAGCAGUUUUGUUCCCAAACAGUCUCAUAACUGAAUUACAAAGAGAUGUGAGAGAAAAAUUCUUUAAUCACCUUGAAGAGAGAAAUCAGGAAGUUCUCAAUCACACAGUGACUGUAGUGGAUGCCAAGAAAGAGCAGCUGAAAUCUGAACUGGAUCUCCGUUUCCAUCUCCAUCAGCCUCGAGCCAAGAGGAUUGAGAUGGACAUUCACAAUGUCCGUGCAGCUGAACUGAUCUUGCAUCAAGAUCGCGUGGAUAGACACUGCAAAGGUAUUUUACAGGCUCUAGAUGAUUUCCGAACUGAAUUCCGCAACCUCCAGGUCACACAGUGUAAGAUAAAUGAAGACUUCCAUUCCAAAAUCAACAACAUGGAGGACACGUUAUACACUGCUACAAACUCUAACACGCUGAAUAAACUCACAGCUUCACUACAUAAGAGCCUGGAUGAGCACAUGAAAGCCUUUCAGGAAUUACAGAGGCAAUUCAGACAAAAUAUGGAGAUCAGAUUUGAGGGCCUCAGAGAAUCCAAUGGAAAAUUAAUGAAACAUUUUAAGCUUUUUGCUGAUGGAGGUAAUUUUACCCCGAAAGAGAUUGAGCAAUACCGAAAUCCUCUAGAGAAGAUGGAUAAACGCAUCGACUUAGCUGAGCAAGCUCUAAUACGGGACAUAGAGGGAACAGAGUUCAAAAUCCUGGGCCAGGCAAAAGAGGUCAUUAGUAAGUUUGAAGAGAAGCUCCAGGUUCUGAAAGUGGAUCUAAUCUUUCUUGAGGAAAUCCGAAGAAUCCUCACAAACACCCAAGUCCGAAUUAAAUCAGAGGCCCUGAAGAGCAACACUCAGAAAAAAAUGAUUAACACUGCAAUAAGUAAUCUAAAAGAGAGCCUUGAUGCCUACAACCAGAGCAUUCCAGAUAAUCAGGUGACACCAGGGGACAUUUUCGGUUUAAUAUCUACUGUGGCAGAAGAACUUCGAAAGAGAAGCCAGUAUCUGGAUUGUUAUCUGGAUCCUUCUAUGGCUGUUCCACUGCCUGAAACUCCUCUCCAGGGGGCAUUUGCUGUGGCUGCUCGUCCACGAUCCCGUAAACAAGAGAAGGUGGGAAGCCCAUCUGCAGAUCCCCUUCUCCAGCCCAGCCACAUGGGAGCACCCUUUAUGGAUGAUAAGGCUGUAGAAGUGGUCAAAGGGCUCCUAAGGAUAAGCAAACCCCAAACCUGCCCAGAGGUCAGCGAAAGUCUUAAAGAGACAAUCUCAGCAACAGUCACAGCUCCUGUAAGACCGAGCUCUCAUUCAGGAUCAGGUCAAAUUUUAGGAAAUAAUGGUAACCUGCCUGGCAGUCACCUACACAGGAAAUCAGCUGAGUCAUCUAAAUCACAGAGGAAGAAAAGGGUGGCCAAACCCACUCAGUCUGAUCAGAGAUUCCAAGUGUUCAGUUCUAAACCUGAUGAUCAACAGGAAAUCCUCACUUUUAAGGGCAUGAUCAACAACAUUCUGUGGAAAGCCAAUGACCUUCUUCUCCAUGUGGCUGAGGAUUUCUACAAGAAAAAGGGCCGUGGCCUGGUCAGCCGAUCUCGGCAUAUUCAGGAAUCUUUUGAGCUGUGUGCAGAAGACAUGAACAAGCGACUCCUUGUCUACCAGAGUCAAGCUCACGAGUACCACCAUGGUUGUGUGCAAGAGUUCUGUAAGCAGCUAAAGACCAUUGAGGAAAUUGUCUUUGAGAUACCAGAAGCUCUUCUAAUAAAACUGAAGUAUCAGCAUUUGGAGGGCCUGAGUCAGAGUUUGACGCUCUCUCGCCAGCAGUUUAAACAGACUCUGCAACAACUUCAACAACAGAAGAGAAAGCACAGCAGUCAGUUGUGUGCACGUCUGAGCCACCCGGCUUGUAGAGAAGAACUGAACAGCCUGGUCAGCGCUGAGGAUGCCCGGCAGAAAGAAGAGAGGAAGGCUAUUAAGAAUAACAUACUGGAACUCCAGGCCUGCAUUAAGAAGAACGCAGAUGAGUUUGUGACCGCGCUUGCGACAAUGACAGAGAACUUGCUCUUUCAACUGGACAUCAUCUUGACACUUGAUGAGAUUCAAGGUGGAUCUGUAGAACCAAAGCGGGUAAACAUCACAACCCUUGUUCGUCGAACUCUAUUGGCGAUACCCGAGACGAGACGUAUUUUGGAGAGAGGGAGCAGAGUGUGGCCAGGAGUUACAUACUUUGAAACCACUGAAGGUUCAUCUGUCAAGCAACAGAAACGAGAGACAGCCACAAUCACUACAUCUAAAACCACAAUGGCACAUCUAAAGGUUAUAGAAGUUCGAAAUACACUGCAUGAGAAUUAUAAGCAGAGAAUCGUGCAGGCGUUUGAGAACAUGGAGAAAUCCAGGCAGGAACAGGAAACAGAGUUGGUCAACUGGCAAGAGCACUGGAAAAAUCAACUCAAGACAGUUUCUACACUCAAUUCAGAAUGACUGUGAGGGAUUAGGCGAUAUUCUGUGCCUGGAACAAUACAAGUAAAAUAUAUCAUUAUUAAAAAAAGUCAGUUCAAUGA